CUGUUCGCAGAUAAGCCCGUGAGAUCGGGAUCGAAAAUUGGCAGGCUAUAAAGCCCCACCCGGGCUCCACUCCUCCGUUUGCCAAGAGUGUUGCUGAUCAUCCCUGCCCCACAUAAGACAGUAUUUACGCGCAAAAAACAAAACAUGAAGACUUCUCUUCUGAUCUUUGUGGCUUGCGUCUCUGCUGCGUCGGCACAACGUGUGGUCGUUAUCCCUGCGGCUCGGGGUCGCAAACUUUUGCGUGACUUUGUGUUCUCAAUUUCCAUCGAUUCCUUUCUCUCCCCAAACUUUGCUGCUGCUGCUGCCGUGGUGGACUCCAUCGACACACACGUGGUGUCGCAACGUCGACAGAAGUGCCAUGGAACGACUUGA